CCUCCUUCUUACCUCCCCCCAGCAAAGGGGUCUUUGUCUUGGGAUGCCUGGAGUUACCCUGUGGCAAGUUGGCCGUGGCAACUUAUCCAGCGAUUUAUCUAGUUGGCCAUGGUGUGAUCAUCUCUAACGUUUGAGGUCUAACGCUUCUCCACCAGAAGAUGCCACAGUUAUCAGCUGGCAUUGCUUACCAGAUCCUUUACCGCUUUGAGAAUGUGCUACACCCUGGCUUUUUAUAGCUUCGGACCCUGUUUCCUUUAAGAAGAAGUUUCAGAGAUUUGCACCCGCCCCCCUGCUCCUGAUGGGAUCUACCCUGGAACAAUUCAAAAAUGGAGCAAAAUCUGGCUGGACCAGAAGCAGGAAGGAGCUCUGAUGCUCUCCAGGUGGAGCUGGGGACUGCUAAGAUGAUGCCAGGAGAGACCAUCCACAUGGGGGAUGCCCGAUGCCUUCACUUCCGGCACUUCCGCUACCCAGAGAUCUGUGGACCCCGAGAGGUGUUCAACCAGCUCCGUGAUCUUUGCUUCCUGUGGCUCCAACCUGAGCAUCGUACAAAGAAUCAGAUUCUGGAUUUGGUGAUCCUGGAGCAGUUCCUCGCUGUCCUUCCUCCAGAGAUGGAGAGCUGGCUUCGAGAAUGUGGGCCGGAAACCAGUUCUCAGGCGGUGGCCCUGGCCGAAGGAUUCCUGCUGAGUAAGGCUGAAGAAAAGGAAGAGCAGCAGGGUCAGGAGAAUUUCCCAGACUUGGCCAAUGAGAUGGAGAAAACUCCUUCGAGCAUCAGACCCAGAACAUUUUUCAGGUGGAUUGUGGAGGAGGAGGAGCCUGAGCAGGUUGCUUCUUGUCAAGGUGAAGGGAUGACACCUGCGAUCCAGUCGUGGUGGCCCCCGUAUGGAAAUGGAAUAGAAACAGCUCAUGAAGAACCACCUCAGGAUCUGGUGACUUUUGAAGAUGUGGCCGUCUACUUCACGGAUGAGGAGUGGGCCUUGCUGGAUCCAGACCAACGAGCCCUCCACGUGGAAGUGAUGGAGGAGAACUGUGGAAAUUUGGCUUUCCUGGCCGGGGACAACCGGAAGGCCAAAACAGAGGAAGAAGUCAAUGGACUGUUUUUAGAGAAGGCUGUGGAUAAGGAAGAGGGAAAGCAGAGCCGGAAGGUGGAAGAGAAAAAAAAAAGGACGACUCCAUCCCCUGUUUUUCGGGAUGCUGCCACCUGUAAAUUCCCAGUUCUAGAAACCAAAUGCAACAGGAAAAGGAGCAGCCAGGGCCUGGCAUGCGGGGAAAGCUUCAGCUGCAAGUUGAGCCUCAAAGCACAUUUGAAAACCCACAAAGAGGAGAAACCCUUUAAGUGUCCCGACUGUGGGAAAUGCUUUUCCCAGAGGAAAGGCCUGAUAAGGCACGAGAGGAUUCACACGGGGGAGAAGCCCUACGCCUGCCUGGAAUGUGGGAAGAGCUUCUGUCAGAGUGCGGCCCUCAUCACCCACCAGCGCAUUCACACUGGGGAGAAGCCGUACACUUGCCUGGAAUGCGGAAAGAGUUUCUGCCAGAAGACCACACUGGUCCGCCACCAGCGAAUCCACACGGGCGAGAAGCCCUACGCGUGCGGGGAGUGCGGGAAAAGUUUCAGCCAUCGGUCGCAACUGACGUCCCACCUGAGAGUCCACACGGGGGAGAGACCGUACAAAUGUUCAGAAUGCGGGAAGAGUUUCAGCCAGAACACAAACCUGACGUUGCACCAACGAACUCACACCGGGGAGAAACCCUUCCGGUGCCUGGAGUGCGGGAGGAGCUUUAGCCACAGCUCGACUCUAAUGGCCCAUCAGAGAACUCACACGGGAGAGAAGCCGUUCACCUGCUUGGACUGCGGGCAGAGUUUUGCCCAAAACGCCAGCCUUAUUUUCCAUCAAAGAACCCACACGGGGGAAAAACCCUACAUGUGUACAGACUGUGGUAAAAGUUUUAGCACCAGCACCAGCCUGACUUCGCACCGCCGGAUUCACACGGGCGAGAAGCCCUACGCGUGUGCUGAGUGCGGGAAGAGUUUCUGCACGAGUACAAAUCUUGUCACCCAUCAGAGGAUCCACACGGGGGAAAAGCCAUUCAAAUGUUCCGAGUGUGGGGAGAACUUCCGUAAAAAAGCCCAUCUUCUGCGCCACCACCUCACGCACACCGGGGAGAAGCCGUACAAAUGCGUGGCAUGUGGGAAGAGCUUUAGCGAGAAAAGGAACCUUAAUUCACAUCAAAGGAUCCACUCGGCGUAUUGGAGUGAGGAUCCUCGCAGCAGCGGUUGGGGGCUGCCUUCCCUAAAUUCAGAUUGUCCUCCCAUUUCACAGGAUGAUGGUUCUUUCCAGAGCCAUUUGCAGCACAAAUCUAAUCCAGAAGGAAAUUUGGAGUGUUCUGCACUCCAUUUCUCAGUGAACAGAUGACAGGAUACAGGGUGGGUGGGGCAGCUCCACCCUCCCUCCCCAGCUUAAUUUUUACGCUUGCACCUCAGCCCACCUGGUACAACCACAGGGUGGGCAGGGCUUAACAUGGGUUUAUUUAGGGGGGUGUAGGGCUUAUAUUAGGUGCAGGCGGGAAAACCGGGCUAGGGCUUGUUUUUGGGGUAGGCCGUAUAUUCGGAGAAACAUGGUAGAAUGCCAGUUUAAAUGUAAAAUAACAAAAUCAGCUUACUUUUCUGUUUUGGAUAAUGGAUCAUGUGAAUUGCUCUUUGUUCUUAUCCAUUUGGCCAGUGAAGGUUCCUCAAAAUACACUAACAGUAGAAGGAAAAAAAGUAGAGUACAAUACACUCAAAUCCAGGCAGUCCUCGGCUUACAAUUAUUCGUUUACUGACCACUCAAAGUUGCGAUGGCACUAAAAACAGUGAUUUAUCAGUCCUCAGGCUUAGUGACCCUGAAGGGUCCCCCUGUCACGUGGUCAAAAUUUAGGAGCUUGGCAACUGCCUGUAUAGUACUCACCAAGGUUUACAGCGGAGUUCCCCAAAUUUUCCAGGUUGGCAGCCCAGAGUGGGAUGAUUUGUGGGAGAGAGAGGCAAACACCUGUAGCUUGUGCGAGUGGGGCUGGGAAUGCCCAUGUGAGUAGGGCUGCAAGCACCCACAAUGACGCUUGUGCAAGUGGGGGGUGUGGGCACCCGUGCUGAUGUUUAUGCGAGUGGCACCACAAGCGUUAGCGAUGAUGCUUGUGAGAGUGGGGCUGUGAGCGUCCCCAACGAUGCUUGCAGAAGUGGGACUACAAGUACCUGCCAUGCUAGUGGCGAUGCCCAUGCAAAUGGGCUUCACUGUGUGAGUAGGGCUGUGUGUGCCCGCAAUGCUGCUUGUGCAAAUGGGGCGACAAAUGCAUGCGAUGAUGCUUGUGUGAGUGGGGCCAUGAGUACCCAUGAAGCUCGUGGCAACACUCGUGUGAAUGGGCUACGAGUGCCUGGGCGAGUGAGGCUGCAUGUGCCAGCAAUGACACUUGUGUGAGUGGAGCUGUAAGCGCCCCUGACGAGUGCAUGAGUGGGGCUGUAAGUAUCCACCAGUGGUGGGAUUCAGCCAGUUCGCACCUAUUCGGGAGAACCGGUUGGUAACUUUCUAAGUAGU